AUCACACCCACUCUGCUCCGAGAAGCUCGGGACUGCAGCUGUGAAAGUGGACUCCUCAGACAGACACCAUGAGUAAGUCCAGCACCUUAAAGAGCUUUUUUAGGAGCAAAUCCCUGGAGAAGCAGCAGGACGCAGGGCGCACCGGGGCACCCAAUGGCGCGCCGGGGACGCACCCCGGGGGGGAACCCGGGUCUGCCGGACCUGCCGGGCCGGGAGACGGGGAGGCUUCACCCGUUUCCCCCAAGGAGAAGAAGGGAAAGCGGCGGCUGCUGUUCCGGCUGAGGAGGAAAAAGUCCAAAAGCAGCAAAGAAGCAGGAGGAGAUGUGUUCUUCCCCGACACAGACGAGCUGGGGAGCUUCAGCAGCCAGUGGAGCUUCGACCAGAUGAGCAUUUCCACAGAGUGCAGUUUCCGCACAGAGUCGGACUGGGACGGCCACUCAGAGUUCUCCUCCCUGCAUGGCUUCGACAUGUCUCAACCCAGCAGCCCCGGCUCUCCCUCCAAGCCCUUCAAGAAUUCAGAAGAUAAAAGAGGGGUGUUGGGCCGCAUCAGCAGCUUCUUCAGAAGCAGAAAGAAGAGCAGUCGACAAAACUCGGACGCCAACUCAAGUUCCCCGGCAUCUCCCACCUCUCCAGGUUGGGCAGAGGACGAGCAGGGAACUCCGACCGCCUCUCGAAGAGACGGCGAGUGCAGACUGACGGGCGAGGGCGGCGAUGGCGUCAGCCAGAGGUCCAGCCCCAGCAGCUCCAGCGUGGCCUCCAUCAUAACCGCUACAGACGAUCUCCCGUUCGCAGACAGCAGCAGCAGCGGCAGGAGCAGCGUGAGGGAGGUGCACGUCUGCAGAAUCAGCAGUGAGAACAACUCUGGGACAGUGACACCCACACCUGAGGGACCUACUACCUUCUCUGAGUCGGUGGUGGAGGAGGUUAGUAAGAGGCUGAGAGUAGAUCUGAAGGAAAGGAUCAGUGAAGAUAAAGUCAAAAGCCCGAACACCCUGACGUCAACAGAUGUCCCACUUUCCAUGACGGCUGAGAACCACAGAUCCCCUAACUUAACCUCAAUAAGUUUAGCCUCAAAGAGGUCUGUGGUCACGGUGGGAGAGAAAGGGCACAGCACUGAGCUGAGAGGAAUAAGUCUGGCCUCAGUCCCGACUCAGCAGGAGCCAAAGUCUGCACAAAUGAAAAGAGGAAGUUCAGGAGGCAGAACCGGAGCUGAGGCCGGCGGCCUCUCCGGGGGAAAGGCGGCCACCACGUGGAGCCCUUCACCAGGGGACACACGGGCACCCAGGAGCAGCUCGCCCAUCCAGCUGGUCAAAGCCAUCCGGGUGGAAACACACCUGGGAGAGGAGGACGAGCCGGGGAGGGAGGGGGGGAGAGGAGAGGAUAUCCUGAAACAACGGGAGGAGGGCUUACGGCCAGACUCGCCUCCUGUGCUGGCUAUACCGGUUGCUGUGAUACCUGAGGAUGACUCGGUAACCGCAGACAGCCUGCCCGUCCACCCGGAGAGGUUACCAGCCGGUGGCGGCUCGCCAGAGUCAGCCGUCACCUUGGCAACGCCUUCAGAGGAAUUUAAAAGAACUUUAAAGCAGCCGGAGGAGCCGGUCACUGGCACAGGCUCAACCCAGAAGAACCGCACACCGAGAGAAGCUCGUAUAACGCGCACGACUGUGACUCUGCCCUCAAAGCACAAAGUCUUUGCCCAUAAGGUGAUCGUCAGCCCGGAGGCAGGUUUGGAAGGGGACGAACUGGUCGGAGAGGAACGCAGCAGAGAUUCCAAGAGCUCAAACGCAGUCGAAGUGAAACUACUGCCAAGCCUCCAAAACAACAGUGAAGCUGAAUUCAAGGAUGCCAGCUUUGGAUUAUCCACAACAGAUGAGACCAGUCCCGUUCAAAUCAACUCUCCUGAACCCAUAAAUGAAGGAAAAACAGACUCUGAGGCCUCAGACAUGUACAAACCAAAGUCACCAGCUGUGAGAGCAGGGGUAAGAAGUCCAGGAACUGGCCAAACUGCUGCCUCUAAACCAGGGGUUAAAGGAGCAGCGCAGAGUCAGCAUACCACAGGCAGCGGAACAAAGACCCCGUCCUCUGCUGCCGAAGGCAAGGCUAAGAAUGUCACAACAAAGCCAAAGAGCCCCACCGAAGGCAUGAAAAGGGAAACUUCCAGUGACGGUCCAGGCUCCAGGCUACCGGGGCUAAAAGACCAAAACCCCAGCAGAUCCUCAAGUGCUACAGACUCAAAAAUUAAAGUUCCCAAAAAGUCACUAUCGUAUACUGAUGUAAAAUCACCAGUCACACCUUAUAAAUUAUCACUGGCUGAAGCCUCAGGGUCAUCGGUCAGUUCUGAACUGCAAAAACAACCCAUAUCCAAAGAAUCUGUGAAAUCUCCAACUGCUACAACAAAAGCAGGCAGGAAACCAAGUCUUGAGGAAGCUAAAACUGGGAUAUCUGUGUCAGGAAGGCUUUCUCCCACAAAACCCACCAACAAGACAGGAACAAUGACUAUUAAGGAAAAACAAGACAAGGAUUUUGAGUCUCCUAACCUUGUAAAUGGGAUGGAGAAAGAGCAUGAACAGAAAAAUGUUAAAGCACGAUUCCCACCAAACGGGGAAAGCACUGGUAUCAAAAAACAGCAGGUGAACCACACAGAGAUGAACACUUCCUUGACAUCAAAGAGUCGGCUGCCAGUUUCUUCUCCGACGAAAAAGAAGAACGAAGAUAUAACUCACUCGAGUAGCAACAAGUAUCAAAAGAGUCCAGAGCAGCAGGAAGUAUCUCCUUAUGACGAGAGGCCUGGAAACAAGACAUCGACCCCUGAAAGUCCCAAAAAAGACACUGUGCCACCAAAGUCCUACAAGCAGAAUGACAGCAUCAAACAACAACAGAAAUCCCCGCCACCUGGGAGCAAGCUCCCCACAAGUGCACGGAGAGGCUCCGGGAAAGCCAAGCCCAGAAGCUCUCCACGAUCAACAAAACCUGAGGGCUCCGACAUAUUUACAGGGACAGCUGUCAAAGCAAAAGAGACGGAUGGAGUGAAAGACAAUGCCAGUUACUGCACGUUCAAAUUUGAGUCUGCCAAGGAGCACAUAAAACCGAAAGAUGAGAAGAGUGAUAUGUCUGAAGCAAAAAUACUAGAAAGGGAAACAGAGAAAUCAGAGCUGAGCGAAAGCGGUCCUGCUGCUGGAGAGGUUCCAACAAUCCUGUUGUCACAGAGCAGCAAUGCAACUAUUCCAGGUGACGCUCAAGUAAAAGCUGCAGCAGUUACAGACUCAGUAACUGAUGUGCUGCCAAAAAGCAAUGUUGACAAAGAAAUCUCAUGUCAGUCACAUGUUACUGGUAUAAAUAAUUCUGAGACUGAUGGAGAACUGCCGGCAGCCAGACAAACACAGACUGAGCUCCACGGCACCACGCAGAAACAAGUGUUAUCAUCCAGAAAAGAAACGCUUAAAGACAAGGAUCAUUUUGAAAAGCUGGAGGAGGAGGAGAAAAACACUCCAGCGCUGGCCUUGGUGACGACACCAGCUCUGCAGGAUGUAACUUCAUCCAGACCCGAGCCGGAUGGCAGCGUUCUGUGUGACCAAAUGAUCCAUUCUGACCAGGAAAGUGUUUCCUCUCAAAAAGUAAAGACAAUCACUUCCACACCAGAAACCAGAAACGCUGUUCCAGAUCAGCAUCCACAACCAGAAGAUCAGCAGCCCAGCACUCUCACUGGUGGCUCAGAUGGCGCUAACCUGGCCAGUAAACAGGGUGAUCUGAAGGAUGAAACCACUGAUGAAAAAGACACGCUGUCCCCUACAUUAACGGGGGAUUUCGUAAAGGUUUCUGAGUUAGAGGAGAAAAGUAAAGAGGAGGUUGGCGUGAAACCAGCUGAGGCUUUUGAUGGUGAAACAGAGACUGUGACUGUUUGUCAAUUGCCCAAGAAUGCUGAAAAUAUAUUGGACAAAGAGUCUCUUUUACUGGCAGGAGAAUCUGAAAGGACGGAGGAAAAGUCAGAACCAAGUGAAGCACUUAAUGGCACAGCAGAAGAAAGACAGGAGUCUGAGAAUAUUUACAAAGAGGAGCUCAAAGUUCCAGUCAUUCCGGGUGAAAAAGAGAAAGCCCUCCCAGAUUCAGAGGAAGCAACAAAUCUAUCAUCAGAGAAAAGGCGUUCGCAGCCCGAGGCCAAGGAGGAUCCACAGAGGGUAGUUACCAAUUUCAUGGAAGGGAGGAGGACAGAGACAGUGCAUGAAACGACAGUGGGCGGGACUACAGAACAGCUGAUCCUUUCACCAGGAAAUGCAGAGACUGGUAUUUCUAUUGCAAAGGUAGGAGAGGUGAAGAUGAAAGAAACAACAGUGAAUAAUGAACAAAAAGCCAAAGAUGAAGAGGUCGGGGACAAUAAGAGAAAUCUGGACCACAAAUACACUGAUGAUGUCAAGGGAAAACCAACUCCAGAAUUAAUGGACUUAAACAAAAAGAUGUUGGAUGAUGAAACUGGAGAUUACAACAAAGAAAAAGAGAAGACCUCAGAGGCCACAGACAGAGCUGUGGACAAAAAGACAACAGGUGACAAAGCUUAUACAUCAGCAGAAUCCAAACGCACAGAUCUUAUUUUAGAACAGAAACCUGAGACAGUGAAAGCCCCAGAAAAGACGUCGGAAACACACAUUUCACAAACAGAUGCAUCUCAAGAGCUAAAAGCCUUGAAGCCUGUGAACAGUGACAACAUUCAGCUCGACCAAAAGUCCAUAUUUGAAGCAAACCAAGGUGAGGAGAUGAUAAAUCAAAACAUACAAUCACAUCACAAAACAGAGCAGGAAUCAGAAAGCAUAAAAAGCAAAGACGAGGGGAUAAUUCAGAGCCAAAAAAUGGAUACAACUCAGGAACUAAACUAUGUACAAACAGACACUGAUACUACCAAAGACAAGACUGAAUCCAAACAUCAGACAUCUGGAAUGAAAGAGAGGCCUGAGACAGUGGAGACAGGUAGCCCAGGGCUCACACGGUCAGAGGAGAGUUUGAUCAAUAAUAAAGCAACUGCAGAUGCUACCACUGAUUCUUUAUCAGGCCAGAUGUCCAUAACUACUGGAAACCAAGAUGCAGAUAUGACAAAAGCAGGCAAAGACAUAUCAACAGAUGCUGAACUUCCAAUGCAUGGAUCAGAAGUUUCAGAGACUGCAGCAACUGUAGUACAAGAGAAGACAACAGAGAAGCGGAGCAUGGACGCAACUCUGGAUCCUAACUCUCGCAGCACUGAAGUAAAGCAUUCAUCAUCAGAGACGUUGGAGAAUGAGACAACGACUGCAGAUCUUAAUGGUGAAGUUAGUGACCAACAGGACCAGAAGUCUAUGACUGCUGCAGAAAAAGAUGUGGGUGUAACAAAGCUAGACCAGGAGUCUAAGAUGAAAGUUAAGGACAGCAGGAAUAAGACUGUAGUUGAAGCCAAAGAUGAAGACCCUAACUCUGUAAGCACUCACACUGAAGUUACCGAUGAAAGGAUUGAGGAGUCAUUAGGGAAGUCAGAGAGUGAGACCGAAGCUGCAGAUGCUGUCAAAGGUAGUGACCCACAGGUCCAGAAGUCCAUCACUACUGGAGAUCAAGAUGCAGUUAAAACAAAACCAGACAAAGACAAAUCUGAACUUCCAACUGAUAGAUCAGGAACAGAAGAGACUGCAACAACUGUGGUACAAGAAAAGACAACAGAGAAGCAGAACAUGGAUGCAUCCCAAGAUCCUACCUCUGUCAGCACUGAAAUGACCAAGGAAAUGACUGAAGUAAAGGAUUCAUCACCAGAGAAGUUGGUGGAUGACACAACGGCUGCAGAUCAUAAUAGUAAAGUUGGUGACCAACAGGUCCAAAAGUCCAUGACUGCUAGAGAACAGGAAGUGGAUGUAACUAAAUUAGAUCCGGAAUCUAAUGAUAAGAAAGUUAAGGACAGCAGGAAUCAGACUGCUGUAGAAGCCAAAGAUGAAGAUCCUAACUCUGUAAGCACUCACAUUGAAGUUACCGUUGAAAGGAUUGAGAAGUCAUUAGGGAAGUCAGAGAGUGAGACCGAAGCUGCAGAUGCUGUCAAAGGUAGUGACCCACAGGUCCAGAAGUCCAUCACUACUGGAGAUCAAGAUUCAGUUAAAACAAAACCAGACAAGGACAAAUCUAAACUUCCAACUGAUAGAUCAGAAACAGAAGGAGAGACUGCAACAAAUGUGGUACAAGACAAGACAACAGAGAAGCAGAACAUGGAUGCAUCCCAAGAUCAUACCUCUGUCAGCACUGAAAUGACCAAGGAAAGGACUGAAGUAAAGGAUUCAUCAUCAGAGAAGAUGGAGAAAGAGACAACAGCUGCAGAUCAUACCACUGGAGUUACCAACCAGCACAUACAGAAGUCCAAACCUGCUUCAGAAGAAGAUGUGGAAGAAUCUAAAACAAGAGCCUCAGAGAAGCCAGCAGAGGAAGAAACUAGGGACGAAAAAGUUACAAGUACCACUGAAAGGUUUGAAGGGGUUAAAGAGAAAACUGAAACCAAAGAUUCACCAACUAAGAGUUUGGAAAAUAAUACUUCAAUUGAAUUUGAUAUUAACACGCAAAAGGACCAGAAGAAGUCAACUGUCAAAGAUGAAGUUGUAGAGAUGAAGACACCAGAGACACGAAACGAUUCCAAACCUCCUGAUGCCAAACAGGAACAGGAAAAGCAAGACGAGACGCCAAAAGACAUCAAAUUAGUUGCAACUGGAAAUGGUGAAACAAGCCAGGAACAGAAAAAGCUAACUGCAGAGGUUGCUGAAGUUGAAAGAGGUGCAAAUGACACGUGCCAGCGGCUGAAGGCAUCAAACGUAGACUCCAAGCAAGAACAAAACGGAUCCAUCGCAAAAGGUUUUGCAGACCCAGAAGAAAAGCUCACAGUGUGUUCAGCUGAAGUUCCUCUCAGCAAUGAUUCCCAGAAGAAUGAUGAGGACGACAAAGAAAAAGCACAAAACCUUGAGUCCACUACGGGUUUGAAAGGGACACUACAGACUCGAAGAAAAGAAAGCAAGCCUCUAAAACCAAAGUUUGAUGGCAGUUUGACUACUUCUCAAAUAAAUUCAUUCACUCCACCUCUAAGUCUCCAGCUGAGGGCAGAGUCGCCAUCUUCCUGGUUAGAUGUAGAACAUCAGCAGAAACCGAAGAGGGACCACAGAAGAAGAUUUAAUAAAUCAGUCAGUGAUGAUGACUCUCGAGAGUCAGAUGAGUCUGAUUUUAUUAGAAGCAUCAAGGAUGGUGCAAUCUCUUUUUCAUGUCCACCAAAGAAGCCCAUUCGCAAAAAGUCCACAUCUCCACCCUUCGCCAUGCCAGCCAUCAAGGAGGACCAUUUCGAGCGAACGUUUGAUCCGGAGGAAUUCCAGUUUGGCUUGGGGAAAAGUAACAGGAACUUUAGGAAUCUUACGCCAGCUAUGGUGAUUAAAAAAAAAGGAGCCAGUAGAGAACAUCAGAACCUGGAAAACCUUCCUCAACAAGUUAAAACCCUUAAGGUAGAAGGAGAUGGGGUCAAAGUGGAAGCUGAUACGGGAAAGGAAGAAGGUCCCAACAGUGAGCCUGUGAAGAGGCCGUCACGAGUUGGAAGAAUGUCCAUCCUUUCCAGUUUGCUAAACUCCCCUCGCUCCUCCAGGAGGAGCAGAGAAGAAACUACCCCCGGCACUGAUAGCACCCUCUUUAAGCAGCAGCAAGACUUGCCCUCACAUGGACUGCUGGGAGUUCCUGACACACCUCGGCCUGCCGUCACAGCUGAUAAGGAGUGUGCAAUAGAACAGGAUCAAGGCCCAGUCAUGGAGGGUGGUGUAGGCACAGCCGCUGAGUCAGAACCUGGCCCCACCUCUCCUCUUCUGCUGCCCAGGCUCUCAGAGACAAAGCAGCCUGAUCAUUUAGAGAAAAACCUCAAGAAGGGCUCACAAGCCUCUACACCGACAGCAAAGACUAACCUGAAUUCUGCUGCUAUGGACCAACCUUCAGCAGCAGACGUGUGUACUGUAGAUGUGGGACUGAAGGAUCCUGCAGGACCGCCUUCCCCUACCAACUACAGCCAGCAGAACGGACGUCACACAACUAAAUCUAAGAAACCUGUGGAGAGAGGGUUUCACAGACGGCCUGGGAAGAUUGUCAUAUAUGAGCACGAUCAUUUUGGCGGGGAGGCGUUUGAGGUCUACCACGACGUAGAGAACGCCACCACCAUGAAACUGUCCCCCGUCGUCUCCGUCAGAGUCAUCAGAGGAUGCUGGCUGCUUUAUGAGAAACCUGGCUUCCAGGGCCGUGUCAUCGCCCUCGAGGAAGGUCCUACCGAGCAGAUAGUGAACAUGUGGGCUGAGGAGGGAACUCCGGAAACACCAAACCAGAUGGAUCCAGCCGUUCCAACAGCGUCCAUGGUCAUCGGUUCUCUUCGCCUGGCAGUCAGAGACUACAGCGUACCUCAGAUUGAUCUGUUUUCAGAGGUAAACGGGUUGGGGAGGACGUCGUCUUACUGCGACGAGUCCGUGGAGCUCGGCUCCUACGGGAUCCCACAGACCACGGGCUCCAUAAAGGUCCACUCCGGAGUCUGGCUAGUAUACACUGAUCCAGGGUUCCAGGGAUUCGUAGGAGUGCUGGAUGUCGGGGAGUAUCCGUGUCCAGAGAGCUGGGGCUUCCAGCAGCCUUUCGUCUGCUCUCUCAGACCCCUCCGAAUGGGAGCAAUAAGGGUUGAGAAUCCAACGGAUGUGAAGGCCCUCGUGUUUGAGAAGGCCAACUUUGAUGGACAGUGUGUGGAGGUGGACAGGGACAUCUACAACUUGUUAGAAGAAGAAACCUGUAAACCUGAUGAGAAGAAGAAGACUCUGCCUGCGGUGGGGUCUAUAAAGAUACUGGGCGGGCUCUGGGUGGGUUACCUGGAGGCUGACUUUGAGGGCCAGCAGUUUAUCUUGGAGGAGGGCGAGUUCCCCCACUGCAGCGACUGGGGAGGAUCAGAGGACGGCCUGGGGUCUCUGCGGCCUCUUGUUGCGGAUUUCCAGUCCCCCCAUAUUAAACUGUUCAGUGAGCCAAACCUGCAUGAGAGGGGGGGCAGCAUGGACUUGCUGGGUGCCGUGGUGAGCAUGGAAACCAUCGGUCACAGUACCAAAACCCAGUCAGCAAACGUCACCGGGGGAGUCUGGCUGGCGUUUGAACAGCCCGGGUUUAGUGGAGAGCCCUACGUGCUGGAGAAAGGAAUAUACGCAAACCCCGAAGACUGGGGAGCUCAGAACUUCAAGAUCUCGUCCAUACAGCCCGUCUUCCAUGAUAUGCUGACAGGAACAGCAAAAUUCAAGGUCCAGCUGUACUCCGAACCAGACUUCCAGGGGAGGCGGGUGACUCUGGAGGACAGCGCGGCCGCUCUGGAUGACGACUUCACGCCCCGGUCCUGUAAGGUGCAGGCAGGCAGCUGGGUGGCGUUUGCAGGAGUCCAGUUCACGGAGAACAUGUACGUCCUGGAGCAGGGAGAGUAUCCCAGCACUGACGCCAUGGGCCUUCUGUCCUCGGAGGGCAAUAUUCGAUCCAUGCAGAUCACUGGACAUGUGUUAUCUCUUCCCUCCAUCAUCCUGCUCAGUAAGGAGGGCUGCAGAGGUCGGAGGAUGGUGCUGACAAACGGCGCCGUAAACCUGUUCCGUGCAGGCGUGGACGUGCGUGUUCGCUCCAUGGUGGUGGAGGGAGGAAUGUGGGUUUUGUAUGAAGGAACUAACUACAGAGGGCGACAGCUGCUUCUCCACCCAGGGGAAGUGCCUGAUCUGUGCAGGUUCGUCGGCUGGCAGCAGAUAGGAUCCCUGCGUCCAUUAGUGCAGCCACAGAUGAACUUCUGUCUGCGGAACAAGGAGACGGGAUGCUUGAUGUCUCUGACAGGAUCUCUUGAGGACGUCAAGCUCAUGAGAGUUCAGGCAGUGGAGGAGACGGGAGGAGUCGACCAGGUCUGGCUCUUCCGGGACGGACAACUCACCUGCAAGCUGGUGGAGGACUGUUGCCUGCAGACAGCAGGGGGUGUGAUGAUGGCGGGCUGCCGGCUCUGCGUUUCCUCGGAGCGAGGCAAAGACAACCAGCUGUGGAGCAUCACCCCGGACGGUCUGGUGCGCUGCCACCUCAACCCACAUCUGGUGCUGGAGGUCAAAGGUGGCCAUCAGUACGACAAGAACCAGGUGAUCGUCAGCAGCUUGGAUGAGCAUAAACUGAGCCAGAGGUGGACGGUGGAGAUGCUGUAGUCUGACGAGGAUGGAGCGAUCAGAGAUGCCCCGUGAUGCAGCUCCGUCGGGAGACUCAGAUCUGCAUCCAGCUCCACCAUGGAGCCACAUCUCUGCUGUGGGUCUUCAUCAUCAUCUAGUCUCGUCAGGUGCUGGUGCAGAUUUUUAGUCACUCCUUUACUGUAC